AUGUCCGUGCAGAUCACGACGGUGGCCAAAUUAGAUCCCACUGCCGCUGAGCGCGUCAGCGCUGGUGGCAAGGCUCUGCAACCGAAGACCGCCUGCGCAGGUUACAAACUCCCGGUCGGCAAGAAACUUUUCGUAAAGGGAGAGGUGAUGCUGAUCAAGUUGCCGCCGGCACCGUCGAUGGUUGUCAAUGAAGUGCUGCCUGGCGUGGCCUUGAGCGCAGAUUCAGAUAAACAGCUGUGGCAGCAGUACAACGCGCAGGGCAUCGCAGCGGAAUUAAUCCAGGAUGCAUUCCAUCGGCUGCCUGAAGAUACCCUGGCGAUAGCCAUAGAAAGGCACAACGUGAUCUACAACGACAAAGGAACACGCGUCUCUACCGGGUCGCCACAAAAGGAAUACUGGAGCGUUAUGGCUCGAUCACUGGUCAUUGUCGAAUCACCCGCGAAAGCGCGGACUAUCAACCGCUAUCUCGGCAAAGAGUACGUGGUGAAAUCCAGCGUGGGGCAUAUUCGCGACCUCCCCACCGGCGGAAAAGCGGUCGAUCCCAAGGCGCGUGCUCAGGAAGCAGCAAAAACCAAAGCACUGACACCGGCCAAACGCGAGGCGUAUAAAAAGAAGCGGGCACGUGACCAACUCGUCAAGCGUAUGGGUGUGAAUCCGGAUAAAAACUGGGCUGCAGAAUACGAAGUUCUACCCGGUAAAGAAAAAGUUGUGGACGAAUUGUCCAAGCUCGCAGCUAAAGCCGACAUGAUUUACCUCGCCACUGACCUUGACCGCGAAGGGGAAGCCAUCGCCUGGCACCUGCGCGAGACCAUUGGCGGUGAUCCAGGUCGCUAUCGCCGCGUGGUGUUUAAUGAGAUCACCCGUAAAGCAAUAACGGCUGCCUUCGAGGCACCCGGCGAGCUGGACAUGGAUCGCGUCAAUGCUCAACAGGCCCGGCGCUUCCUGGAUCGGGUGGUUGGCUUUGAAAUAUCCCCGUUGCUUUGGGCAAAAGUGGCACGAGGCCUGUCCGCCGGUCGGGUGCAGAGUGUCGCCGUUAAAUUGAUUGUUGAGCGUGAACGGGAAAUCCGUGCGUUUGUGCCAGAAGAGUAUUGGGAAGCGUUUGCUGAUCUUAAAAGCGACAAAGCGGCUGAACCUGUUCGUUUUCAGGUGGCCCGGCAUAAUGGCGAAAAUUUUCGACCCGGCAACGCAGAUGACACCCAGGCCGCGCUGGAUGCAUUGCGGGCAGCUGAUUAUGAAGUCUCGAAACGAGAGGAUCGCCCAACAAAAUCCCGCCCCAAUGCGCCAUUUAUUACAUCGACCCUGCAACAGGCCGCCAGUACACGUCUGAGUUUUUCCGUAAAGAAAACCAUGACCAUGGCCCAGCGCCUUUACGAAGCGGGUUACAUCACCUACAUGCGUACCGACUCAACCAAUCUGAGUGCAGACGCGGUGGAUGCGUGCCGGGAACAUAUUCAAAAAGAAUACGGUGCAGACUAUCUGCCUGAAGCGGCCAAGAAAUAUUCAUCGAAAGGUGAUGCUCAGGAAGCGCACGAAGCGAUCCGUCCUUCCAAUGUUGGCACCCGAACCGAGCACCUUGAAGGUGUCGAUCCAGAUGCUGUACGCCUUUACGAUCUGAUCUGGCGUCAGUUUGUUGCCUGCCAGAUGACUGAGGCGAGGUAUCUGAGCACAUCGAUCACCGUUUCCGCGGGUGAAUACGAAUUACGCGUCCGUGGACGUAUUCUUCAAUUUGACGGGUUCACCCGGGUGUUACCUCCUGCGUCCCGUAAGGAAGACGAUACACCGUUGCCUGACCUGGCUCAGGGAGAUGCCCUGGAUCUGCUCGACGUUGAAGGCAUACAACAUUUCACCAAACCGACGCCACGCUUUGGCGAGGCGUCGCUUGUGCGCGAACUUGAAAAGCUCGGAAUCGGUCGGCCCUCCACCUACGCGGCGAUCAUUUCCACCAUUCAGGAUCGCGGUUAUGCCACGUUGAACAAUCGACGCUUCUAUGCGGAAAAGAUUGGUGAACUGGUGACUGACCGUCUGUCCGAAUCGUUUAAGGACCUGAUGGAUUAUUCCUUCACUGCCACCAUGGAAGAGCAGCUGGACAAGAUCGCUGAAGGUGAGGCGAAACUCAACGAAGUGCUGGAUCAGUUUUAUGGCGAUUUCUCUGAACGUUUAGACCAGGCCAAAGAUCCAGAAGCCGGUAUGCGCGCCAACGAUCCUACGGAUACGGACAUCGUCUGCAGCGUGUGUGGUCGUCAUAUGCAGAUUCGCACGGGUUCAACCGGCGUAUUUCUGGGAUGCUCGGGUUAUGCCCUGAAGCCUAAAGAGCGCUGCACACAUACCGUCAACCUGAUUCCAGGUGACGAAGCGGUAGAUGUCGAAGAAGACGAGGAAGGUGAGUCUAAACGUCUGCGUAACAUGCAUAAAUGCCCGGUUUGCGGCACCAAUAUGUUGAGCUACCUGGUUGACGAGCAACGCAAACUGCAUAUCUGCGGUAAUAAUCCGGACUGUGCCGGGUUCGAAAUUGAAGCGGGUCAGUUUAAAAUCAAAGGCUACGAUGGGCCUGUCCUCGAGUGCGAUAAAUGUGGCGCUGAAAUGCAGCUCAAGUCGGGCCGAUUUGGUAAAUACUUUGGCUGCAUGGAAUGUAAAAAUACCCGCAAACUGCUGCGCAGUGGUGAACCUGCGCCCCCUAAGGCAGACCCUAUCGACAUGCCUGAGCUGCAGUGUGAAAAAGUUGAUGACCACUAUCUAUUGCGCGAUGGUGCAGCCGGUAUCUUUCUGGCGGCCAGUCAGUUCCCAAAACAUCGUGAAACCCGCGCGCCGAAGGUCAGUGAGUUAAAACCUCACGCCAACGAAUUGGAUCCAAAGUUUCAGUAUCUGCUGGAAGCACCGGAUGCGGAUUCGGCUGGCAAUCCAGCCAUCAUCCGUUUCAGUCGUAAGACCAAAGAGCAGUAUGUGCAGACAGAGGUAGAGGGCAAAGCCACAGGUUGGAAAGCUUUUUAUGUGGAUGGCAAAUGGGUAGAAGAGCAACCCCCGGCACCUGCAAAAAAGAAAGCGCCGAAGAAAAAGGUGGCCAAGAAAAAGACAGCAUAA